AUGUGUAUAAGUAUAUCUGCAUUCCGAAAAUACUAUCGACCGGAGCCAAAAAAACCAUACUUACAUUCAAUGAAAUUGAAAUCUCCCUUUGGAAGACCUACACGUUCUUCAUAUCUUAGAAGUCAGUUAAAUUAUGGACGUAUGGAUAGAGAAAAAAGCAAAGAUUUAAGAAGAGAUAACAGUGAUAUAUUUGACUGUCAUACUCUUAUUGAACCGAUUCAUAAGUUAUUAACUAACAGUUUAGUAAAACAAUUGUCAGUCAAACCAACAGAUUUAUACAGUUAUCUAAUUGGUUCUCAAAUGGCAGUUAAAGUUAAACAAGAAAUUUCAAAAUCUUUAGAUUUUGGAAAGAAAACCAAACCGAACUACACUAGUGUUGGGUUACAUUCAACGAAUUGUAACAAAAACAAAGUUAAACGAAAAGUACAAACAAUAAAAACUCCAAAAUCAUGUUCAAACAUUAAUAUUAAUACUAAUGAUUGUUUAAUAAUAAAAUCAAAGAAUGCUUUAAGUCAAUCAUGUUCAAUUUCUACAAAAUUAAAUUUAAUUGAUGUAAAUGAGUCAAAUUCUGAAUUCGUAAACUUAGAAAAUAAUAUAUCUGUAUGCUUAAAAAUUCAAGGUAGUCCGAGGAAAACUACCUCACUGUACACAAAACAAAAAAGUAGUUUAAGUGAAAGUGAUAUUGUGAAGGUUGUUUCACCCAGAUUAUCAAAUCAAUAUAAACAUCCAAGAACUCAAAAGUCAUGUGAAAACAUACUUUCAUUUGGUCACGCAUACUCAAUCUCUUCCAUGUCAGCUGAGAGAAUUAAGGCGAUUCUGGAUGACAAAUUAUGUAUUUACGGUUAUCAGACAGGAAAAACUCCAAGAACAUCCGAUUUCCAUAAGUUAGAUGAUAUUCCUGAAAACCAACUUCAUACUCUGUCUUAUUAUAAUGAUAACAAACAAUUGAAAGUUUCACACAAAACAUCAACUCGUCCUAAAAGUGCUGGAGAUGCUCGCACUGGAAUAAAUUCUAUUGAAGAUAUUAAAGAGUUAUUAAAUAUUCAGUCCAUAUAUACCCCACCAAAACCCUUCCUUUUAAGUGAAAGGCAACCUGAUCGAAUUAGAUCAGCGCGUGAAUAUCGACGAAAACAUAUUGAACGAAAUCUUCGUUCAUGUUUAAAUUCAACAGUUAAUCUCAUUCUUCACAACAAUGAUACUCCUGUUUCAGAUGGAACGACUACAAACAGUGUAUACAGUGCAAGACAACGAGCAGAUAUUCACUUACCAAGUGUUAAACAUUUAAUGGAAACAUAUGAAGAAGUAGAAAAGUGA